CCUCCCCCGGUUCCACCGCUCUGUGACGGCGCCGGGCGGAACCGGGGCCGCUCUGUGACGUCAUCCCUGGCCCGGCGGGACCCUCGGGACCGGGGGGGACCCUCGGGGAGCCUCGGGCGCUGCCGCUGUCCCCUGGCCCAGCCAUGGCUCCGCUCUGGCUCCUGCUGCUCCUGCUGGCCGCGCCCGCCCGCGCCACCUGGGACUCGUGCGACGGUACGUGCGGUCUCCAGCCCAUGGCCGAGGAGUUCGGCGGCGGCUCCGGGCCGGUUCCCGGGGCCUGGCCGGGGCUGGCGAGCAUCCAGGACCCGCUGCGGGCCGGCAGCGGCCACGUCUGCGGCGGGAGCCUGAUCGCGCCCGGCUGGCUGCUGACCGCGGCGCGCUGCCUGCCCCGGAACGUCACCGCCUGCCGGGUGGUUCUGGGCGCCGCCGACCUGAGCGACCCCGGGCCCGAGGCCGAGGUGCGGCGCGUGCUGCGGGCGCGGCUGCACCCGGGGCUGGACGUGGCGCUGCUGCAGCUGCAGCCGCCGGCGCGGUGCAGCGACUUCGUGCAGCUGGGCUGCGUCAGCCGGGCCCGGCAGCGGCGGGGCACCGAGGGCAUCGGGCCCUGCUACACCGCGGGCUGGGCACCGCUGGCGGGCACAGCCCCGCCCCGGGAGGUGAUGCGGGAGGUGCAGGUGCGGCUGCUCCCGCCCGAGCUCUGCGACAGCGCCGGGAGCGCGGCCCCGCCCCAGGUGUGCGCGGAGAACCCGCGGGGCGGCUCCGACAGCUGCCAGGGUGACCCGGGCGCGCCCCUCGUGUGCCGGUUCCGGGGCUCGGGCCCGUUCUGGCUCCUCGGUGUCACCGCCAGCGGCCGCGGCUGCGUCUUCACCCCGGCCUGGCUCUUCAGCCGCUGGAUCCUGCGGCAGCUGGAGAGCCCCGACGGCCCGGAGCUCGAAGAGCCGAGCGCGGUGCUGCUGCGGUUCUUCUCCGUGAUGCGGGACCUGAUCCGGUUCCUGCGGGACACCGCGGGCGGCUGAGGGCGCGGGAGCGACCGGGACACCGGGGUGGGACUGCCGGUGUGCCGGGAUGUGAAUUCCCUCCCGGGAUGGAAAUUCCCCGUGUGCCGGGAUGGGAAUUCCCUCCCGGGAUGGAAAUUCCCCGUGUGCCGGGAUGGGAAUUCCCUCCCGGUGUGCCGGGAUGGGAAUUCUUUCCCGGAUGAGCACUCCCGGUAUCCCAGGACAGGAAUUCCCUCCCGGAUGGGCAUUCCCGGUAUCCCAGGAUGUGAAUUCCCUCCCGGGACGGGAAUUCAGGGUGU